AAAGGCAAAGCUGAAAUUGCGAGAAGAGCUGAGUAUCGGAGAGUUGGCAUAAAAAGAACAAAACAAACAAACCCAGUGAGACAGAGACAGACAGUCACAGAGAGGUUGACUUCAAGAGAAAAAGAGAGAGAGAGCAGCAAAUCUCAUGAAUGAUAUGGACAUGGGUGCACAAAGAAUUUCCCUCAAAUACCAAACUCUAAAUUAGGCACAAUCAAAGAUGCAUUGUGGCCUUCAUAUAACCAAGACUGAUACUAAGAAAGUUUCAGAGGAAGGAAAAGACUCCUUAUCAAGAAAAUUUCAACAAGAACUUGGUUUUAGCACUUCUUUAGAGGAUCGUGGAGUGUUUUCUAUCGCGAGGUGUCCUAUUCUUACAUUUCUUACCCUUGAAUCUGAUGGACACUGGAGGAUUUUUGCAGUACCGCUGCAAAGUCCAGAUCAUACUAAUCACAUGGGAUCUGGAGUUCAGGUAAAUAUGGACAGUCUGCACAUGGUUUCUCCGCCAUCUAGUUCAUACAGGGAUCGACAAAAUGUGUGGAAAGGACCUCCAGCUGAUGGUACUUACUCUGUCGAGUCAUAUACAACCAGAAGCUUUCCUGGGUCGAAUGUGCAACGACAAUCUCGAAACAAGGCCUUGACAAAUAAAGCAACUAAAUUGAAUGAGCUUUCCAACAAUUCUUCUCAUCAGAAUUCGUUUAUCUGCAGCAACUCCCCAGGCUUGAACCAAAAUGGCUCAAAGGCUAAUAGUUCAUCUGAUCUGCCUAUUAACAGUUCUCAACUAGACAAGGCUGUAAAGAGAAAUUCAAAAAAAAAGGCUAGAAAGAAGAAGAAACAGAGUAUGAAGCUUUUGAGUGACUCUGGCUCUACUGAAUUGGAAGUCCUCUCUGAGGAAUAUGCCCAUGGAAGUCCAACUUCUGAAACCUGUGGUAAUACUGAUUUGGGUCAUAGGGAUGGACCAUUAUCAUCAGACAAUCUGUUUCAAACCAAAGAUUCCAUCUUUGAUGGAGUGGAGCAUACACAUUGUGUACAGAUUAGCUGUUAUGAUGAUAUGUAUUCCAAAGGUUUGUCUGAUAUGCAUGACUCCUUAGUGUUGGAUUCAGUUUCCGUUGGUUCAAACAGUGAUGAUAACAUUCACGCCGUUCAUGAUGUACAGCAAUCUGAAAAUGAAAGUUUCGGAAUUAGUGUUUCUGAACCACCAGGUUUUAAUUCCAGUAAGGAAUGUCUCUCUCAUCAAAGCUCAUUAAAUUGUGCUGUGGAUACCAAAGAUCACACCGAGAGAAAAAAAUGUGGUAGUCAAGUUGGUAGCUGUAGUGAUAUGCAAGUGGUUUUACCUGGCAAGAGAGGCAGGCAAAACAAAACAUCCCCCACCAGUUCAAGUGUCCACAGAUUUGGAAGUGUAAGAUAUAUGCAUGGCCGUACGGGGAAAGAAAACAAUCAUUCUAUAUGGCAAAAGGUUCAGAGGAAUGAGGCCAGUGGAUGCAAUGGGGAAAUGAAGAAAGUUAGUCCAGUUUGCUCGCAAUUUGAUGUCACAUUGAAAGAGGCUCCUUUGCUUAAAGGAAUAUCUAAUGAUGAUGUGACUUUGUUAUCAAAAAGUGUAGAUAAGAAACAUUUAAAAGGUAAAGUUUCUAGGAAGUUGAAAAGAAAAGGUAUUCCAGCUACAAAACAAGACUAUGGUUAUUCCAGGAAGGGUUCUCAAAUUGAUAAGGCCGGCUCAAACUGUUGUGCAAAAAUUAUUAUGCAACAGAAUGAAAUAAAAGAUUUCUCAUCUCGGCUGAAUGAUCAAACAGGAUUGAGCUGUGUUUCAAGAUCUUGUUCUCAGUGUAAUUCUCAUGGGGCUACAUUCCAGAGCAACAGAGCUGAAAAUAUCACAUCCGAAUCUGUUUACGGCACACAAGUACAUCCAGAUGAGUUGGAGCCACCUGAAUGUAACACUGUUUCUAGUACCAACAAUUGUAAUACAGGAAAUCAGGAAAGCUCAUUAUCAAAAUCAUGUGACUCAGAUCAGUCAAAUCUGCUUGAGGUGAAGUUUCCCGUGUACCUUCCUCAUCUUUUAGUUAAUGAAGUUGGCCCAGUUCAGAAAGAAAUUUCUCUUGCGGAAUACAAUAAGCCAAGCCACAGUAUUGGAUCUAUUUCACAGAGAUGGAUACCAAUUGGGAUGAAGGAUCCUGGCUUUACCAGCUCUGCUAGAUCUGACUGCUCAUCAAUGGAUUAUUCUGAUGUGCCAGCUGCUGAAUUGAAAAACACUGUUGAACGUAAAACGGCUUCCAGUUCUCAAAAUCUUGUUUCUUCAUUAAAUGGAGUAACGUGCAGGGGUAAGAACUCAGGAGAUCUAAGUUCCCAUGAAGAUGAGGGUCAUACUCAGAAAUUGGGCAAUCAAGAUGCAUGCACACUUAAAGAGCAUAAUAACAAGCAUGUUGCAGGUAACUGCUUCACUGUUGAAUCAAAAGAUCAACGUGCAUUUGAAACCAACUCAUAUAAGAUUGCACAGGCAGUGAAUAAUGCCUGUAGGGCACAACUAGCAUCUGAAGCUGUUCAAAUGGCCACUGGUUGUCCAAUUGCUGAAAUUGAAAGACUUCUUCAUUUUUCUUCUCCAGUUGUUUGUCAAUCUUCCAGUUUGAUAGGCUGCCAGACAUGCUUGAGGGACCAGGUUGGGGGUGUGUCGCUCUGCAGACAUGAGAUACCUAAUGUUCCUUUGAGAUGCCUGUGGCAGUGGUAUGAGAGACACGGGAGCUACGGAUUAGAAAUAAGGGCAGAGGAUCAUGAAAAUAUGAAGAGAUUGGGUGUUGACUGUUUUGCUUUUUGUGCUUAUUUUGUGCCUUAUUUGUCGGCAGUUCAGCUGUUCAGAAACCAUAAAAAUCAUCCUAUUGAUACUAGCAAAAAAAAUCCUCGUUUUGAUGUUCAGGAGGCAUGUGAGACUAGUGAAACAUUGGAAAAACCGUCAAUUUUUUCAGUACUUUUUCCACGGCCUCGCACAAAAGACACAGGUGGUUUGCGGCUUGUAAAUCAGGUGCAUGAUUCAGAACAAUCUCCAGCUUCUGAUGAAGAUGAUGACACUGUUCAAUCAGUUGACAUGACAUGUUCCAGAGAUCUUGAGCCACUUUUUGAAUAUUUUGAAUCUGAACAGCCCCAGCAAAGACCGCCCUUAUAUGAGAAGAUUAGAGAGCUGGUUAGAGGUGAUGGACCUUCACAUUGCAAAGUGAAUGGGGAUUCGACUAAACUAGACUCCAUAAAUCUACAAGAUCUGCACCCCAGUUCGUGGUACUCUGUCGCAUGGUAUCCAAUUUAUAGGAUUCCGGAUGGCAAUUUUCAUGCAGCAUUUUUGACUUACCACUCACUCGGCCAUUUAGUUCGUAGAAGUGCCAAAUUUGAUAAGCCAAGUGCGGAUGCUUGUAUAGUAUCUCCAGUUGUGGGUCUUCAGAGUUACAGUGCUCAGGGUGAAUGCUGGUUCCGGCUUAGGCAGUCUGUGCUGAGCCAGACAGCAGAAACUGCUGGCUUAAACCCCUUUGGAAUCCUGAAGGAGAGGUUGAGGACACUUGAGGAGACAGCAUCUCUCAUGGCAAGAGCUGUUGUUAACAAAGGAAAUAUGACCUCCAUAAACAGGCAUCCUGAUUAUGAGUUCUUCCUCUCUAGGCGACGAUAGAGACUUUUUUCCAAUUUUCAUGAAGUAAUUUCUUCUAUUUAUCAAUAAGGUUGGCUACAUUUAGAUAGGAUCUAGCCCCAAAUAGGGUGUGAGAGAGGCUUGUUCUGUUUAUAUUCUUCAUGUUUUUCUCCUUUAGUGGUGGAAAUUGUUCCAGUUGUAUAUAACUCGUGGGUAUCUUUUUAACUUUACUGCCCUUCCUCUAAAGGAAAUGUAAAUCUCAGGACUUAUGUGUAGACAGGUAGACAGUAUAAUGCUGACUUUGAUUUAGCAGCUUCUUCAUGCUGUAAAUGCGUUCUCAAUUCAGAGUUUGGCUCUCCA